AAUUACAUUUGAUACAAGUGCGCACGUGACAGUUUGUUAGUAGGCGUCAGUCGAGCCAAGCUUUCUUGUGAGUGUGUGAUCUAGUCGUCUUGCUGUGUGUCAGUCUGCAAAUCAAAGACACGAAUCAACUAAAGCAAAAGGCAGGUACCGGCAGCUUUUCCUUUAUUGUCGAAAGUCCAAUUCAGAAUAGAUAAACAUGGCUGAGUUGAUGGCGGGUUUCGGAGUGUUCACACACGCUCUUGUUCGGGGUAUCGCUUCCUCCUUACCGAAAGAAGCGCUGAGGAUGAGCAGUGCGGAUGUGGACCUGUCCCGGGCUCGGCAUGAGCAUGACAUCUAUGUUGGGGUGCUGAAGCACAAACUCGGGCUGCAAGUGAUCGAACUGCCCGCGGACGACACCUUGCCAGACUGCGUGUUUGUGGAGGACGCUGCUGUGGUGUGUGGAGACACUGCUCUCAUCACUAGACCCGGGGCACCCAGUAGGAGAGAUGAGACUGAAGCAGUGAGAAAAGCCCUGAAAAACCUUGGCCUCAAUAUAGUGGAUAUCGCUGAUGAUACCGCCACCCUGGACGGCGGAGAUGUGCUGUUCACAGGUAGAGAAUUCUUUGUGGGCUUGUCGAAAAGGACAAAUCAGCGAGGUGCAGAGAUUCUUGCGGAUACUUUCAAGGACUAUGCUGUCUCAACAGUCCCUGUCUGUGACAAUUUGCAUCUGAAGAGUUUUUGUAGCAUGGCUGGCCCAGGACUGAUCGCUAUUGGCUCCAGUGAACCUGCGCAGAAAGUCCUGAAGAUUAUGCAGCAGAUGAGCGACCAUCGCUAUGACAAGUUGACAAUACCAGACGACACAGCGGCAAACUGUGUCUAUUUAAACAUCCCAAACAAAGGCCAUGUUGUGCUGCACCGCACACCGGAAGAGUUUCCUGAAAGUGCAAAGGUAUUUGAGAAGUUGAAGGAGCACAUGCUGAUUCCAGUGGCUAUCACAGAAACCGCAAAAGUAGAUGGAGCGCUCACCUGCAUGUCUAUUCUCAUCAACAUGAAAUCUAACACACAGUGAAAGGAGUUUCUGCAAAACAGCAAAAAUAUUAAAAUGAUGUUUGGUACUUGAGCCUGUGCUUUUAAACUAGUCUGUCGCUUUGCUACUAACCCCUGUUUGCAGUCCUUAAAUUCAAGUAGUAUGUCUAGAGACCCAGAGAUUAGGAUUGAUUGCUGGUGUAUCUGUAUGUAACGGCGUCAAGCUCUAGGGUGCCAGAUAGUAAUAAAUGUCCUAUCAAAUUAUUUAACUUAACCACAUUACCAGGACCAGAAAACCCAUCAUCCUUAUCAAGUCCUAUAUAAUCAACCAGAGAAAAAGGGGACUAUUAAUUAAUUGAAUAACCAAACACGUU